GCGCGGGGGGACACGGGGUCUGCUUCUAUCAUCAUCCAGCCGGAGCGUCACACGCAGCCUGGCGCUGUGGGUAAUUACAGCGGCUGCUUGGAGGAUGGGGAUGGGUGGGAGUGGUUUCCUGUCCUCAUCGCGAGCCGCCGCAGUUCGCGCCCUGCCCGGGCUCGCCGCGACCCGCGCGCUCCGCCAAAUGAAGUCCUGAUUAUCGCGAGCACGUGAGCAUGGACGAUUAAGGAGACGCGGGGGAGUGGGGAAGCGAGGGGUCGGUGGAACGCGGUCCGGGAGGUGCGGCGUUGUGUAUGGAGCCGGGCAGCGCGCACGGGGCGCGGACUCGCUCGGGUCCGCAACUCCGAGUGGCCGAGCGGCGCGUCCCCUGCGCUGCGGGGCGGCGGGGACGCGUGCAGGCGCGGGGCUCCGGGUGCCGUGGGGCGACGCCGCGCGGAGCCUCGCGGAGACUCGCCGAGUCCGGCUCGGAGCAGCCUCGCGUCGCGCAGAUGGGACCCGGACUCCUCCACGCGGCCGUCGCCGCGCUGCUUGCGUGCGCGGCGCUGCUGGGCGCACACACGGCCGCUUCCACCGCCACCACUACCGCCGCCACCGCCGCCACGGCGGGGGGCCUCAACCCCGCGCCCCCCUUUCCCGGGACGCCGUACCCCGGGGAGGUGUCGGCCUUCUCCGCCGCGCGCACUCGCAGCCAGAUCGGUGGCCCGCGCCUCGCGGUGACCUUCGACCGCGUGUUCGUGAACCUGGGCCAGGACUUCAGCGCCGAGUCCGGCGCGUUCACGUGCCGCGUGCCGGGCGCCUACUACUUCGCCUUCACCGUGGGCAAGUACCCGCGGAAGCUGCUCUCCGUGAUGCUCGUCAAGAACCGCGACGAGGUGCAGGUCAUGGUGUACGACGACCACCGGCGCGGCGAGCGCAAGACGCAGAGCCAGAGCGUGAUGCUGCUGCUGCGGCGCGGCGAGCGCGUGUGGCUCCGCCUGCACGGGGAGCCGAGCUACGCGCUCUACAGCAGCGCGGGGCCCUACACCACCUUCACCGGCUACCUGGUCUACGCCGCUCCGUCGGGCGACUCGGAGCCCGUGGCCGGCACCACCGCUCUCCCUGCUCCCGCCGCCCCCCGCGCGCCUCGCGCCGCUCCGCUCGUGGUUCCCUCUCCUCCCGCGCCGUCUCCCCCUCCUGUCCCCCCUCUUCUCCGGGAGCCGCGCUCCCCCGCCGUCAGGUCGGCCUUCUCCGCGGCUCGCACCUCGAGUCUCGCGGCAGCGGCGAGGGCGAGCGCGGCGGCGCGCGCCCUGAGCUUCGACGCGCAGCUCGUGGACAUUGGCGGCGACUUCGACGCGGGGUCGGGCGUGUUCACGUGCCGCGUGCCGGGCCUCUACUUCUUCGCCUUCACCGUGGCCAAGGCGCCGGGACUGGGCGUCUCCGUGGCGCUCAUGCGCAACCGAGACGCCAUGGAGGCGGUCAUCGGAGACAGCAGCCGAUCGGCGCGCCGCGAGAUGCAGAGCCAGAGCGCGCUGCUGCGGCUGGACGCGCGCGACCGCGUGUGGCUCCACGCGCCCGCGCACCCGCGCCUCGGCCUCUACAGCAACGCGGGCCGCUGCGUCACCUUCUCUGGGAUGCUGCUGCUGCCGCUCGCCGGCCACUGACCCCCCCCCCCACCCUCGACCCACCAGCACCUCGAGCUGCCGGGAAAACUGGGACGGAGUGGGGGGGGGAACGUCGGUGGGGGGGGGGGGGUGAUACUCCGGACUGAGAGAUCGGGGUGAAGUGAGCAGAGCCCCCCUACCCACGUGGAGCUGCUCGCCCGGCGGUCUUCAUCAGCAGCAGCACCGAGAGGACAGACAGUGAGCAGAGUGGACAGCACAGAGAGUACAGCAGCAGUGGACACAGCAUAGGGAGUACAGCAGCAGUGGGCACAGAGUACAGCAGCAGAGUGGACACAGCACAGAGAGUACAGCAGCAGAGUGGGAACAGCACAGGGAGUACAGCACAGAGAGUACAGCAGCAGUGGGCACAGCACAGAGAGUACAGCAGCAGUGGGCACAGCACAGCACAGAGAGUACAGCACAGAGAGUACAGCACUGGACACGGUGCGCAGGGACGCGCGGCCACGUGGGCGGCGCAGCCUCCUCCUGCUCGUGCCCGAUCCCCUGCGCUAUCGGGCUGAGACACGCGCGCUCCUUUGCACCGUGUGUGCAUCAUGCACGAGAACUAUCCAGGCACAACCCUGCUUUUUGAUGUCUUAAAUAGUCCAGUAGUAUUAAAACAAAUGUUAUUUUUCUUCAUUGUAUAUGUUAUUUAUUUUUCUUACAUUGUGCGUUAUUAAGUACUGUAUACGUGUAAUUGAUUGCUGUUGGAGCGAUAAGUCUAGCAAUAUAUCGAAGUCCGUGCUCUCCGGCUGUCUGUGUGGCUGUGGCCGUGUCUAAUCCUGCCGUAGCCCGGGUCACAAACUCGGCACACAAAAAGAUCUGGCAAGCUCAGGCGCAUUGCUGGUGAUUUUGUCGUAAGCGACAUUAAGGAUACAACGUAAAUAAAUACACGGAAUCGACACAAUGUGCAGUUCACUUUUCCACAAAGAGAAAACGUGCGAGUUCAGCAUCCUUGCGCGGCCAUUCCGGAUUAAUGACAUCCAACAGCGUCUAUUGAAGCAGAAAAUAAAAUGAGCCACUGUCGACCUUCUGCGUCUUAUCAGCAGGGUCAGGCUUGUGAAACCAAUGCUGCUCUUUCUCGAUGUUGUCGCCACGAGCAGCACUCCACGUGCAUGAUGGGGCCCUGUUCAGCACACAUUGAUUCACUGGUUCAUGAUUUCCAAUCCGCGUGUAACUUGAACAUCAAACAGAGCGCAUGGUUGAGCAAUUAUUUACAGCACAUCAAAACAAGCGAGUUCCUUUUUCCAAAUUAAACGUUGCAUCUACAGGGCGCGACCUCACCCGGAGACUCGACAAACAUUCUUUCUUGUUAAGAGAAUCAAACAGCUCUCCGACCACCGCCUCGCUGCCAUCUACGAGUUUUAGAGAAACAGCCACUGAGCGAUGCCUAUUUGUAUUCUUGGUUCUUUCGGUAAAGUCACCUAGAUAUGAAGUAAAAAAUAACAAAAUAGAUUAUUUUUAAUACAUUGAAAAUAAUAAAAGCAAAAAACCCACGGAGUUUCGAUCGCAACGCAAGCGGUCUAUCGACGUGACUUUACCGAAAGAAACACAAAAGUUUUAAGUCAAAAUGUAGUGGCUAUUUGGUGAAUGCAAAGAAUGGGGACUGCACGCCAUUCGUCAUCAUCCGUCCAUAUAACGCGGCGAAGGGACACAAACUGCGAGCGCGGGCAUUGCAUCGGUAGCAUGACUGAAUAAUCAUUAUCAUGGGUUUGCUCGUUAGAGGCCCCACGUGUGUGUGUGUGGAGCUGUGUGAUCGGAGCGGCGGGCUGUUUCCUGGAUGAAUGGGAGCUCGCACGAUGCCACCUGUUCUGCGGAAUGUGAGAGCGAGGGAGGGAGGAAGGAAGGAAGGGGCCUCUGGUGUGGAAACGCAGCCCAGCAAUCGAUCAAUUGCGACGCCUCCAUCGCAGCUGAUGGAUGUGACCCCUACGAGCACUCGCUCCCUGGUCUCCCCUCUGGUUACACACAGGCCGGCACCAUCUCCCUCACUCCUCUCCUCACGCCUCUCCCGGUCUCUCCCCGUUUCCCCCCUGUCUCUAUCUCACUGUCACUCACUAUGUCCCCCGUCUCACAUCUCUCCCCAUGUUUCUCCUUCUCUUCUUCUGUCCUCCCUCUGUCUCUGCUUGCCUCUCCUCGUCUUCCCCUGUCUCCCUGUCUCCAUGCCUCUCUUCGUCUCUCCGUAUCCCUCCAUAUCUCUCCGUAUCCCUCCCUCUCUACCAGUGGCUUCUCCUCUGGCUUCUGUCUCUCUCGUUGUGUCUCCCUAUUUCCACGUCUCCCUCUGUAUCUCCAUGUAUCUCCUCUGACCCCCCUGUCUCUCAAUGUAUCUCCCCUGUCCCCCUGUAUCUCCAUGUAUCUCCCCUGUCCCCCUGUAUCUCCAUGUAUCUCCCCUGACCCCCCUGUC